AUCAACUUAUGCGGCCAAAAGAAUUAGAAAUUUAAUUUCAACAAUAGAAAAAAGAAAAUUAUAUUACUUAUAUUUUCAUCGCUUUAUUUUAGAAAUGCCACGCCCGCGAAGAAAUGAUAUUGGUCGUCGGUCGCGUAGAACGCAAAAUAGAUCAAAUGAAAGGCAAAAUCAAUCACAAGAAGAGCGAGAAAUUCAAAACCAAAAUCAAAGGGAACGUAUGGCCAGAUCACGUUCAGGCCAUUCACCUGAAGAACGUAUACAACGUAAUGAGCACGAUAGAUUAAGAAUGCAAGCGCAUCGUGCAGCAAGAAAUGUUAAUGAAAAUGCACAAAGACGACAACAAGCAGCACGAAUCAAUGUUAAUAUUGAUUUGAACGGUGCUGGAUUUCAAUAUAACAAUGCCAUUGAUUAUAGUUUGCAUAAAUUUGUGGUUAUUGGCGCAAUGGACAAAAUAUGUCAAUAUUGUAAUGCAGUGAAAUUUAAAACUGAACCUCCUGGAAUGUGUUGUACUUCUGGGAAAGUACGACUACCAGAAUUACAAUAUCCACCAGAACCAUUAGCUUCACUGCUUUCUGGCUCAACACCUCAAUCAAAUCAUUUUUUGGAUCACAUUCAAAUGUACAAUUCAUGUUUUCAAAUGACGUCUUUUGGUGCGACGAAUAUAAUAAGAGAUAAUUUUAUGCCGACCUUCAAGGUAAUUUCGGCAUCAAGCAUUUCAAAUGAAAAUUUUGAAAUAGACAAUCUAUCAUCUGAAUAUUUUGGCUCUACAUUACAGAUACAAGGGCAAAUUUACCACAAAAUCGGUUCCUUGCUGCCAUUCCCAGAUGCUAACUAUCAAUUUUUGCAAAUUUAUUUCCUUGGCAAUAAUCAAAAUGAAGUCGAUACACGUUGUGCAUUUUUUAAAAGUGCCAGAAGAUUGAUAAUUGAAGAAUUGCAAGCAAUAUUUCAUGAACAUAACGAAUUGGUUACUACGUUUAAGACAGCACUUGAUCAAAUGCAAUCUGAUGAUCAUAAAAUUGUGAUUAGAGCUGACAGAAGACCGAUCGGUGAACACGAACGAAGAUUUAAUGCACCGCUUAAUAAUGAAAUUGCUAUUGUGAUUGUUGGUGAAGAAUUUCAAUCACGUGAUAUUGUAUUGCGCCGAAGAAAUAAUCAAUUACAACGUGUAUGCGAAACGCAUCGCUGUUAUGACGCACUACAAUAUCCAAUUUUAUUUUGUCGAGGCGAAGAUGGAUACUCUGUCAAUAUAAAAAUGGUUGAUCCAGCAAAUCCACAACGUGAAGUAAAUAAAAACGUAAGCGCCAUGAACUAUUAUGCAUAUAGAAUUAUGAUACGACAAAACCAGGAAAAUCAUAUUUUGAAAGCCCGAAAACUAUUUCAUCAAUAUAUCGUAGAUAUGUAUGCAAAGAUAGAAACAGAACGUUUGAAUUUCAUUCGAUUUAAUCAAAGGAAGUUGCGCUCAGAAGAGUAUAUCCAUCUCAGAGAUGCGAUCAAUAAUGACAGAAAUGUAAACAAUAUUGGACAAAUGGUAAUUUUACCAUCGACCUACACAGGGAGCCCCCGUCAUAUGCAUGAGUACGCACAAGAUGCCAUAUGUUAUGUUCGUUGUUAUGGUCGGCCUGAUUUAUUUAUAACAUUCACGUGCAAUCCAAAAUGGGAAGAAAUUAAGAAAUAUUUGUAUCCCGGACAAUCUUCUACUGAUCGCCAUGAUAUCACUGCAAGAAUAUUUCGACAAAAACUCAAGUCACUUAUGGAUUUUAUUGUCAAAUAUAAAGUUUACGGAGAAGUUAGAUGCUGGAUGUACUCUGUCGAGUGGCAAAAGAGAGGUUUGCCACACGCGCAUAUUUUAAUAUGGUUAGUGGACAAAAUUACAACCGAUCAAAUAGAUGAUGUAAUCUCAGCUGAGAUUCCGGAUCAGACAAUUGAUCCAGAUUUAUUUGAUGUUGUCACUAAAAAUAUGAUACAUGGCCCGUGUGGUGUGAUAAAUGUCAAUUCACCAUGUAUGCAAGAUGGCAAAUGUACGAAACGAUACCCUAGAGCACUCAUUUCUGAAACAAUUACUGGAAAUGAUGGAUACCCUCUAUAUCGUCGACGUUCAACACAGGAUAACGGCAAAUCAAUAACUUUACAAGUGAAUCGUCAAGAUUUUGAAAUUGAUAAUAGAUGGGUAGUUCCCUAUUCGCCAUUGCUAUCGAAAGCGUACAAAGCUCAUAUCAAUGUAGAAUAUUGUAAUUCGGUCAAAUCGAUUAAAUACAUUUGCAAGUAUAUUAACAAAGGCAGUGACAUGGCUGUUUUUGGAGUUGCAGAGAACCGAAAUGAUGAAAUAACUCAAUACCAAAUGGGCAGGUACAUUAGUAGUAACGAGGCAGUUUGGCGAAUUUUGUCUUUCCCCAUUCAUGACCGUAGUCCAGCUGUUAUUCAUUUAGCAGUUCAUUUGGAAAAUGGACAGCGUGUGUAUUUUACUGUUGAUAAUGCUCAGGCAAUUGUAGAGCGACCGCCAUCAACCACAUUAAUUUCUUUUUUUAAAUUAUGUGAAAGAGAUCAAUUUGCUAAAACACUGCUUUAUUCACAAGUACCAACAUAUUACACAUGGAAUGUAAGUUCAAAGACAUGGGAAAGACGUAAAAGAGGAAAACCUGUUGAUGGUUAUCCUGGUGUUUUUGAAAGUGACGCCAUAGGACGACUUUAUACAGUGCAUCCUAGCCAGGCUGAAUGUUUUUAUUUGCGUCUUUUAUUAAUUAAUGUUCGUGGACCAACGUCUUUUUUGAAUUUGAAAAGAGUUAAUGGGCGCCUCUGUCAAACUUACCGGCGAGCAUGUGAAGAAUUGCAUCUACUUGAAGAUGAUAAUCAUUGGGAUGCAACACUUGCAGAUGCAUCCGCAACAGGUACACCGCAUCAAAUACGGACAUUAUUUUCAAUUAUUGUUGCAACAUGUUUUCCAUCUGAUCCAUUGCAACUGUGGCAAAGUUAUCGUGAUUAUAUGACCGAAGAUAUCUUGAAUAGAAUGCGUCGUAUUUCUGCAAAUCAGGAAUUACUCAUUACACUGGAAAUGUAUAACGAGGCAUUGAUUAUUAUUGAAGAUAUGUGCUUAGCAGUUGCAAAUAAAUUAUUGUCACAAUUAGGUUUACCACCUCCUAAUCGAGCAAUGCAUGACGUAUUUAAUCAAGAUAUACAACGUGAACAACAAUACGAUAUAAAUGAUCUUAACACAUUUAUAAAUUUGAAUCUGCCGAAAUUGAAUAUAGAACAAAAACAUGCAUAUGACACUAUAAUGCAAGCUAUACAAAACAAAAGUGGAGGAAUGUUUUUUUUAGAUGCGCCAGGUGGCACCGGUAAAACGUUUUUGAUUUCGUUGUUAUUAGCGACUGUAAGAUCACAAAACAAUAUAGCAUUAGCGCUUGCAUCGUCUGGAAUAGCUGCUACAUUAUUAGAUGGUGGCCGUACAGCGCAUUCCGCACUUAAAUUACCAUUGAAUAUGCAAAUUAAUGAAAAUCCAACAUGUAACAUUUCAAAAAAUUCUGGAAUGGGAAGAGUUUUGCAACAAUGCAAAUUAAUUGUGUGGGAUGAAUGUACAAUGGCACAUAAAAAAUCAGUGGAAGCAUUGGAUAGAACUUUGAAAGAUUUACGUAAUAAUCAAGAAAUAUUUGGUGGCGCUUUAAUAUUAUUGUCUGGUGAUUUUCGUCAAACUUUGCCAGUAAUUCCCCGUUCAACACCAGCAGAUGAAUUAAAAGCAUGUUUAAAGACAUCCCAUUUAUGGAGGCACGUAAAAACUUUGACUUUGAAAACAAAUCUGCGAGUUUAUUUGCAAAAUUAUGCAUCGGCUGACGAAUUUUCAAGACAACUUCUGAAGAUAGGAAAUGGACAAAUUCCUAUUGAUGCUGCUACUGGCUUAAUCACUUUGCCAGAUAAUUUUUGUAAUUUCGCACACACAAAACAAGAAUUAGUUUCAAGUGUUUUUCCAAAUAUUGCGCAAAAUUAUCAAAAUCACAAUUGGUUAGCUGAAAGAGCAAUACUGGCUGCGAAAAAUAAGGAUGUUGGUCAAUUGAAUGCGAAUAUUUUAAAUGAUGUGCCUGGUGAGAUUGUAACAUUUAAAUCAAUUGAUACAGUUAUAAAUCAAGAUGACGCUGUAAAUUAUCCAACAGAAUUUUUAAAUUCCUUGGAUUUACCUGGACUGCCGGCUCAUCGCUUACAAUUGAAAGUUGGUGCACCAAUUAUUUUACUUAGAAAUUUAAAUCAGCCACGAUUGUGUAACGGAACAAGAUUAGCAGUCAAAAAGGUCAUGAAUAAUCUUAUUGAAGCAACAAUUUUAAAAGGAAAAUUCAAAGGUGAAGACGUAUUGAUUCCGCGUAUUCCACUGAUUCCACCAGAUUUAGCUUUUGACUUCAAAAGAUUGCAAUUUCCAAUACGUCUUGCAUUUGCAAUGACAAUAAACAAAGCACAAGGACAAUCGCUGGAAUUAUGCGGAAUUGACUUAGAAUAUCCAUGCUUCUCCCACGGACAAUUAUAUGUAUCAUGUUCACGUGUAGGAAAGCCAUCAGUUCUGUUUAUUUAUACCACAACUCAGGGCAAAACAAAAAAUGUAGUUUACGAAAAGGCUUUGCGUUAGUUUAAGUUUAAAAUUAACAUUAAUUUUAUAUUGUAAAAAAAGAAUAAAUACACAUAGAGUGAAUUUAAAUCGAGUGUUCAUUAUUCAUUUCUAAUUUUGAUAUGCCUAGCG